GAAGAUGUGGGAUGAUUAUGUGACGUCAACGCGAAGGAAGCUCCACCUAAACCCCUCUACCCCAGCUCCGAGGUCCAUCAAGCUCCCCCAUCUCACCCACCGUGAACGCGACAAACAACAGCCCCACAUACACACACACGCACAUAGACGCAUACCCACCCAACCCACAACCCACAAUGCUGCUCCUCGGCCUAACAGGCUCCAUCGCAACCGGCAAAUCCACCGUCUCCACCCUCCUCUCGCGCGCGCCCUACUCCCUCCCCAUAAUCGACGCGGACCUAAUCGCGCGCCAAGUCGUCGAGCCCGGCACCGCAGGCUACACCGCAAUCGUACAACACUUCCUGCCCUCAACACCCGACCUACUACUCCCAGAUGCCACACCGCGCGGACGCCCACUAAACCGGCCCGCGCUGGGACGCCGCGUAUUCGGCAGCGGAGCAGACAAGGAGCGCGACCGCAAGACACUAAACGGCAUCGUGCACCCCGCCGUGCGCAAGGAGAUGUACAGACAGAUGGUGUGGGCGUACUUGCGCGGGAACUGGGCGGUGGUGCUGGAUGUGCCGCUGCUGUUUGAGAGCGGGUGGGAGCGGUAUUGCGGGAGUAUUCUCGUCGUCGGCGUGUCGGACCCGGGGAUUCAGAUUCAGCGCCUGAGGGCGAGGGAUGCGCAUUUGACGGAGGAGGAUGCGAGGAAUCGCGUUGUGAGUCAGGGGGAUGUGAGGGAGAAGGCGGAGCGUGCGUUGAGGAGGGGGAAGGGGAGGGGGGUUGUCGUGUGGAAUGAUGGCGGGAGGGAGGAGUUGGAGGGCCAGAUUCAGGGCGUUAUGCGCGAUUUGCGGAGCGGGAGUCCGCGCUGGUGGAGCACUUUGCUUUGGGUGUGUCCGCCGUUGGGGGCCGUGGCUGGGCUGUGGAGUUGGUAUCGUAUGAGGGGCGUGCAGUUGAAGUGGGAGGAAGAGAAGAAGAGGGAGAAGUCUAAGUUGUGAGGAGAGUGGAUGUGUUUGUCUGUUCGACAUGUGCGCUGGAUUGAGUCGGUAAUUACUCGCAGUACGGAUGUUUUCAUGGUAAACGUUCUCACGAGUUUCGUAUAUCACGUCUAUUCCAUCUGGCUCGUCGUCACUUACUUCAUCUCAUUUUCCCCAUCGACGUCAGUCAUGCCGCUUUCACCUGUCUUUCAC